AUAAUACGAUCAUGUGGUAUCCAUCCAUCCAUGGACGAAAAGUUAUCAGAGGAUUUGAAUUUAAACAUGAAAGAGAAGAGUAGUGGGAGCCGAGGAAGGUUGGAGAAAAGCAAGUGGGGUCCCGCAUCAACCAAAAGGUUAUCAUCCAUCUCAUUUCCACAACACCUACGCGCCAACAUAUUUCAACUUCAUUCCCUUAUUUUCACUCUUUUCUCACUCACUGUCCAAUCCAAUGUGUGACUAUCAAACUCCCCUUUUCCCAUGAAACCCUCUUCCACCACCGUCACAUACCCCUACCACCAUGGCCACACUCCACAACAACCAACCAAUUCCCCGUCCAGCGCCGCCGUUUCCAUCCAAUCCGCCUACCGCGCCCACCGCAUCCGCGUCCUCUACCGGAAAAUCGCCGCCAUCGAUGCCGAAGCCGAUCGGCUGCAGCGCCUGAUCCAGCGGCAGGACACGGUGGACGCCGUGCGCGCCAACCACCUCGAGAAACUGCGAAUGAACGAGGCGCUCAUGGCCCUGCUGCUGAGGCUGGACUCCGUGCCCGGAAUUGAUCCAACGGUCAGGGACACUCGGAGGAAAGUCACCCGUCGGAUCGUGGGCCUCCAGGAGAUACUGGACUCUGUCUCCGAGGCCCAAAUCGAUGAGUCCAGUUGGUGGCCCAUGAAGAAUUGGGACGAAGUCUUGGCCGACAUGGAAGAAAGUAUUUGUCUGGAGAACGGUGGCGAUGAAAUGGAACGGUUUUGCGCUCAGAAUCUCGGAUUUCGCUGCCUACAAAGGUUUCUUCGUGAACCCUGAUUCAUCCCCCUUUUAAUUAUGUAUGUACGAUUGUACGUACACACACGCUUUCUUAUGUGUUUUUGUAAUUGUACAAUAUAAUUAAUCUCUAUAGUUGCUUACCUUAAAAACUUUGUGCUUUAGCUAUAGACUAUAUAGUAAAUACAAAGCAGUGAAAUAAAUAUGGUCUAAAGGAAUUAACAUAAUGUCAAAGAAAGUUGAUUGGCUUACUUGGUAAGAAUACCUCUCCUUAGAAUGUGAGUUUGAAUUUUGUAAGUA